GUCGGUUGCGUAAUCCCUUGGCCACAACCCAUCCGCAGGUCGACAACCAAGUUUGGACCCCACCUCCAUGCAGUACGCCCAGCCCAGCAUUAGCCAAGCAGUGCGACCAUCGCCACCACCACUACCUGAAACUCGCGCGGCGCCGACGAUGAUGAUGCAGAUGGACUCACACGAGCAACCACACUCGUUCCUCGGCACGUCCAGACCCGUACCAUCGAUCCACCUUCCACCGCUGUCCAGUCUGCGGCCGCAAACCAACCCUCCCGCACCACAAUCGGUGCCAUCUCCGCCUUCGUACACGUCCACGCCAGUAUCACGGUUGUCGUCUCCGACCUACGGGUUGCCGCCUCGACCAGCUUCGUUUGCUUACGCGGCCUCCCCGCCGUCGCCAAAGACAUAUGCCACGGCGGUGCUCAUGAGCUCGGCCCUGCAUUCCCGUCCGGUUAUUCCAUCACACGACUCGACGCACGAAGCCGGGACGCGAUCUCCAUCGUCCGAUGAGGACGACUCGACCCUGUCGAGCGAAGUCAAAAAGGUGCGACGACGCGAACAGAUUGCUCGAAGUGCACGCCGCCACCGGUCCAAGCAAAAGGAAGAGCUAGGGACGCUGCGGCAUCAAGUGUUUGCGCUCCAGUCGGACCUCGAACGGCUACGCGCCACACACAAGUCGGUGCAUCCGAACGGCAACGACUUUACUGAAUGGGAAGAAAAGGCGCUGUCCCAGCGACGGAAACGCAAAAAAGCCGAAGACGACAACGAGUUCCUUCGCGCCAACCUCAAGGAACAAUCCAUCUACACGGAGCGAGUGCGUGACAUGUGGAUCAAGUCGCCGCUGCUGACGUUCCCCAUGCCCCCCAACGGCACAUACAACGACCGGUCACACACGUUUAACCGCCUCACGGGGGACGCCGCCGCGCGCACCGCGACCCUCAACCAGAUUGCCCAAGUCCGCAUGGACCUCGCGUACGAGUUUGUCAUGCGCGAGACGCACGCGUUUCCGAGCAUCCCUGGCCACUUGGACAUCAAGUUGAACGGCACGGGGCCCGAGAUUGACAUCAAGCUCAUUCGGGUGUGUGAAAUCGAUGGCUUUGACCACCACCAAGUGGUCGAAGCGCUCGUGCAUUCCGUACUCAACAUUCAAAAGGACGCCGACUCGGCGGUACGACCUGUUUGAUUGUCCCGAUUUGGAAUGUCCGUGUAUGUAUAUAUAUUCCUCGUAGAAGCUAUUUAUGGUCGACGCGUGCACGCGGUAUGGCCGCGCGGCGGUGCCGCUGUACAUUGAGCGGGCCAAGUACUUUAUGGAGUCUCUAUUUGUGAUUCGCCACGAGUCAAACGCUGAGCUGGGCGUUGUAUCGUGGGAUUCGAUCGACGAGGACGAGUUGUACCCCCUGGAGGCUGAAAGCACGAUUCGGAACGCCGAAGUCGGCAGUGUGCUGCUCAAUACCAACUUUCGACCAGACGGGUCCAAGUACACGAUCCUCCGCAGUGUAUUCCACUCCCACCCGCCCGUGCGUAACUUGGCCAAACCCAAGAGCAAAAUCAACGAAGCAUUCUUGAUGCUGUUUUGCCGGCGCGCCGAAGCGCUGGAGAAGCAGAUGCGGCAAAAGCUGUCGGCGCAUUUGUAUUAGAUCAUUGCCGUCGUCGUCGUUUGAUUCAAAGUCUCGUAGUCCAAGCGUUGUCCAAAGCGAGAAUGCAAAUUGCAAACGAUAAUGCCGUUGUCUUAAGUAGAACUUAGUAGUACUAGUACAGUAGUCCCCCGGAAUAAGGAACCCACCAUAAAUCUAUAUCCUCUCAGAAAACAUAAUUUUGCGUGCAAAUCAGUCAUAAAAUCUGAG